GCUUUUUACACGUAUGAUACAGACUCGGCUCGCUGAAUUCCGAUAACAUGCAGCCUCACAGUAUGUCCUACAUUGCAACGAGGCCCAUGUGGACACAAGGGUUGUAUCUAUCGCAAUAUUCAAGAAUUCAGGUUAUGCCUCCCAUUAAACUUUCAAGAUCAUACUUAGCCUCACGUCGAUUGAUGUGCAGCGCAAGGAAUUUCAGACAAAAGCCGGCUACCAAGUUUCUUAUCCCAGCACCGCGCUACCUCAACCAGACGCCGGGACGCACCGUAACGUCGGCUUCUAAAUUCAACUUGCAAAGUACUCGAGCUUCAUCGCAGCUAGCUCAGGCAAUUGCUUCACGUCCUGGCACACCUGCAGAGACUUACGUUGCUUAUGGAAUGACGCAGAAGCUCUUUGAGGCUUGCUCGAGCCAAGCAGAGUACACUAUACCGCAGUUGAACCACAAAGGAGGACAGGUUCCUAAGACCGAUGCAGGAGAGGACCUAGGAGUAGGUGAAGGAUGGUGGUAUGAAGAACUGGGCCUCCUCCCCACUUUUUCCACAUGGUCACAAGUCACUUUCUUGCACAUGUACCUAUUGACAGCCCGACUACGCGCUCUACCACCCGAAAGGUUUCAGACUUACUCACAACAUUUGAUCGACCAUUUUUCGCACAAUGCCGAGCAACGCAUGGAUCUACUUCAUGGCCUGAGCAGCCGUGCCAUAAGAAAUAAAUUUCUGAAGGACCUAUUUAUUCAGUGGCGUGGUGCGUUAGCAGCUUAUGAUGAAGGCAUCAUCAAAGGUGACGCUGUACUUGGCGCUGCUGUUUGGAGGAACUUAUGGAAAGCCAGUCAUACCGCACCCAACGGCGGAGAAAUGGACUGGGCCAAGGUUGCCCUUGUCGUUGCGUAUAUGCGACGGGUGCUGCAAGAUCUCUCUCAUGUGAAUGCGUCAGAUUUGGCACUUCGGUUGGGACCCCAAAAGGGAGGGGAGCCUGGCCUAUUUUCAUUCUCUCAUGCAGACCAGAAGCUGGUACAGGGGAAAUGAUGGUUGUUUGGCACUGUAAUACAGGUUGGAAACAGUUGAUAUCGGCAGGCGGUUGCAGAUUUCGAAAGCGGAGGGGGAAAAAGACCAGAAAAGAAAAGAGAAAGAAAGAAUCUUCAACAGUACUGAUUGGAGUUGGUCAAUCGAACUUUUGGUCACAGGCCAUUUUGCACCCAGUUAUAUACAUAGUAAACAUUCC